GAGCGAGGAGAUGCUGAUGCUGAUGACCUACUCCAUGGUGCCGGUGCAGGUGAUGCUGGAGUUGUGCAACAGCACAAAAGGGGUGUGCUUGACAGGGCCACCAGGAUUACCAGGUCCUCCAGGGCUGGACGGAUUGCCCGGUUUGAAUGGAUCAGACGGCCUUCCUGGCAUCCCAGGGCAAAAGGGUGACCCUGGAAAAAGAGGAAAAGCAGGACCAAAAGGAGACCCCGGGGAGAAAGGCGAAAAGGGAGACUCCGGGGAGAUCGGCUUGCCUGGGAAAGAGGGAGCCCGUGGGCAGAAGGGCUCUCAGGGGCCCAAGGGGGAGAAAGGAGAGCCAAACAACGAGGUGUCCCUAAAAGGUGAGAAAGGGGAGCCUGGUCCUCCGGGGCCCCCCGGUCCUCCAGGCCCACCAGGAAAGCGCAAAGCAAAACCUCCGGCCGAAGAGAAAAUGUACAGCAUCGAGUGUGCAGGGGAAACCUGCGCUAUCCCCAACGACGACACUCUGAUGGGAAAAGCCAAGGAGAAAGCUCAUCUCUACCAGCACAAAAAAACUGAAUGCCUCAUCGAAUCCGUCGGAAGCCCGUCUGAGAUCAUGAAACUGAAGCAGAGCUACGGGGCGUGGAUGACGGACCUGGCGAACCGGAGCGAUGAAACCAUCUGGAUCGCUGAGCAUUUUACCGGCCACGUCAUCAAAGAAUACAAGGACGUUGCUGCAUUGCACAACGACAGCUACAACAUCACGGAGCUCCCCUGGGCCUACUAUGGGUGCGGCCACGCCAUCUACGACAACGCUCUGUACUACCAGCGCGUCGGACGCAACAUCAUUGUCAAAUAUGACUUGGCCACCGGCUCAUCCAAAACUCUCCCUAUCGAAAACGCCUGGUAUUAUGAACGCAUGUAUCUCUUUAACGCUUCCAAAUCCUACUUCAGCGUCGCGGCGGAUGAAAAAGGGCUCUGGGUGAUGUACCUUUCCCGGCCGGACGAGCACAUCAUGGUGGCCCAGGUGGAGGAGGAGAGCUUCUCCAUCCUGCGAUCCAUCAACACCACCUACCCGCAGUCCAAAGCAGGCAGCGCUUUCGUCGCUUGCGGGGUGCUCUACAUCACAGACAAGAACCAGAUCCGCGUGGCCUUUGCUUUCGACCUCUUGAGAGAGAAGCCGCUCGACACAAGCUUUGCGUUAAAACUGUCCCUCACAGACGCAGGUUUCAUGCUCAGAGCGUCCCUGCCCAAGCAGAACAACUCGACGUUUACCCCUGUGCUAGCCAUGCUUUCUUACAACCACGUGGAUAAGGAACUUCACACAUGGGAACAUGGCUUCCUGAUGCAAUACCCAGUGCAGUUUAUCAGCUGAACACACUUUACUACAUGCCCCCCCCCGGUCAUGUUUGCCUCUACAAAAAAAACAUGCAUUUUGGAGACCCAAAAUGGGUCCGUUUGUUCCGUUUCUUGCUAUUCCCAAUGUGCAACUUUGUUAAAAUUGUAAAGUUCUUGAGAACUUCAAGUCAAAAAGGAAUUCUUGUCCAUCUGCCCUUCCCUAGAGGGGGGUGGUAUGUCGUACAUGAGAAGCCCUUUAGGAAAAAAGAAAGGUAACCUAAAUUCAGCCACAGUGAUUCAAACCCAGUAAAAAUGAAAGCUAAAUGUUCAUAGCCCUGGCUAGGGUGGGAGAAUUUCCCAGUUGCCAUGUCCUGAUUAUUGAAGAAACUUUGGCAAGUUCUUUUGAGAAAUGAAGUUCCUGUCUGUCUCAAUAAAUGUCCCUGCUCAAGGAGUAUUGAACUCCCCUGAAUUUAAAAAAGAAAAAGGAACACACACA